AUCUUCUAAUUGUUACUCCGGUUAUCAAAUCGGUUCUUUUCCUCCGUUACUUCUUUAACUGAGUUUAGCUCUCUCCAGAAAAUGCUAGCUCGGCUCGCCGCCGCACGGCUCCGUGAGAUCCGUCAAGUUUUCUCUCAAUCCAAUCAGACUUACCGAUCCUUCUCCACUGCUCUAAAUUAUCACAUUGAUUCUCCGGAUAACAAUCCGAAUAAUCUGUGGGAGUUCUCUGAUAAAAAUAAGGAAAAGGCUAAAGAAAUAAUCUCUCACUACCCAUCCAACUACAAGCAAUCGGCAGUUAUUCCACUUCUAGAUCUUGCACAGCAGCAGCAUGGAGGGUGGCUUCCUGUCUCAGCAAUGGAUGCUGUAGCCAAAGUUAUUGAAGUUCCUCCUAUCCGUGUAUAUGAAGUCGCAACAUUUUAUUCAAUGUUCAAUCGACAACCGGUGGGAAAGUACCAUCUUUUGGUUUGUGGUACAACACCUUGUAUGAUACGUGGCUCAAGAGAAAUUGAAGAUGCAUUGCUGAAACACUUGGGAGUGCAGCGCAAUGAAGUAACAAAGGAUGGUCUUUUCUCUGUGGGGGAAAUGGAAUGCAUGGGCUGUUGCGUGAAUGCUCCUAUGAUUACCGUCGCAGAUUACUCCAACGGAUCUGAAGCAUACACCUAUAAUUAUUAUGAAGAUGUUACUCCAAAACGAGUUGUUGAGAUAGUUGAGAUGUUGAGGAAGGGCGAGAAACCACCGCAUGGCACGCAAAACCCAAAACGCAUUAUGGGUGGGCCUGAAGGAGGCAACACUAGUCUUCUGGGGGAACCGAAACCACCUCCUUGCCGGGAUCUUGAUGCCUGCUAAAGUAAUGGUAAAUGCUGUGUCCAAUAAUGCAAAGCUUGGAUGCUCUAUGAAUUCAAAUCAUCCAUGUUUGUUCAUCUUAAGCUUAACCAUUUUUUUGUAUCUGCCUGCCAGCAUUUAGUUCUGGCAGAUAUUCAAUUUCAUACAACAUCAUAAUCAAGUUUAUCAGAUCUUCACUUUUUGUCAAGUAAAGUUUAAUUAGGAAAAGCUAAAGACUUUUUCUGAUUUCCGUCGGCAAAUUAUUACAAACUAAGAAAUCAAUUUGAUUGUUAUCUGAUUAAA